UUUGCAUUAUGUUUUUGCGCCUUGCGACUAAAACAACACGAGUUAACCCGUCGGCUAAAGAAAAACAGAAUCAACAUAUAUACAAGCGUUUUUUUCAAAAGUAGACAAACUACAGAGUUGUGAUUAGUUAAUUGCAAUCCAAAUAUCUAGACGGUGUCCGGUGUGAAAGGUUCUGACCACAAAAAAUAAAAAAAAUGGCAUCCGGCGGCUUGACAUGUGUCAAAUAUAUAACUUUCUUUUGCAAUCUGCUGUUUGCGCUCACGGGUCUCCUGAUCCUGUUGGUGGGCGCAAUGGUGCAGCUGAACUAUGCUCAUUACUCGAACUUUGUGAGUGAUCAUAUUUGGACGGCGCCCAUUAUACUGAUGGUUGUGGGCGCCGCUGUGGCUUUUAUCUGUUUCCUGGGCUGCUGUGGCGCAUUGAAGGAGAACAGCUGCAUGAUACUCAGCUUCGCCAUAUUGGCAGUGAUAAUAUUCCUUUUGGAAAUUGGUCUGGGAAUUGCUGGCUAUAUCAAGCACUCGGGCCUGCCGCAGCUAAUGGAAACACAAUUCAAUACGACCAUGAAGAACUAUAAGGAGCGUGAUGACUAUCGUGAUGCCUGGACUUUGCUGCAAACCGAAUUGGAUUGCUGUGGCACAAAUGGACCUAACGACUGGGAUGCCAUCUUUCCCAACAAGACUUUGCCCCCGGCCUGUUGCAAGGUGAUCAAUCUCAGCGAGGCCAAGGAGUGCACCACCCUGCAUGCCGUGCAGCAGGGCUGUCUGCAGAAGCUGUUGCACAUACUCGACUCAAAGACUUUGAUACUGGCCGGCGUGGUGCUCGCUGUGGCAGGCAUACAGCUGCUCACCAUACUCUUUGCCUGCUGCUUGUAUCGUUCGUUUCGCCGCAGCUACGAUCACGUUUAGGCUGCGUAGCGAGGAUCCCAUCUAUCGAUUUUAAAAACAGA